GAUUGGGGGGAGAAAUCAAAAAGGAAAAACCGCGUUCGAGUGACGACUGUCCAGCAAUAAACAAUACUGUUAUUUUGUUUUAUCUCGACACUCAACAGUAAAAGUUGACCUGGAGGAAAAUAAUUGUGAUGGGAGAGGGAAAACCGCUGGGUUGGAGUCCAUUUAUUUACGGAGGUGUUGCCUCGAUUAUCGCAGAGCUAGGUACUUUUCCACUGGACACCACAAAAACAAGGCUCCAAAUUCAGGGACAAAAAUUAGACAAGAAACAUGCGACCUUGAGGUACUCUGGCAUGACAGAUGCACUAGUCCAAAUUUCUAGGCAGGAGGGAUUUAAAUCGUUGUACUGUGGGAUCAGCUCGGCAAUACUGAGGCAGGCGACGUACGGAACAAUAAAGUUCGGCACAUACUACUCAAUUAAACAACUGGCAACUGAAAAAUGGGGAACCGAUGAUUUAGUGCUUAUAAAUGUUGUAUGCGCUGCAAUAGCUGGAUCUAUAUCGAGCGCUAUUGCUAAUCCAACUGAUGUGGUGAAAGUUCGUAUGCAAGUCAGUGGUAAUGAGACUAAUCUUUCAUUAUAUGGUUGCUUCCACGACGUUUAUCAACAUGAAGGUGUACGCGGUUUAUGGCGGGGGGUAGGACCCACCGCUCAGAGGGCGGCGAUCAUAGCUGCGGUGGAGCUUCCAAUAUACGAUUUCACGAAGCAACAACUGAUCUCACGAAUUGGCGAUGGGGUCGCCAAUCACUUUAUUUCCAGUACCACAGCUAGUAUGGCAAGUGCCAUAGCUUCCACCCCGAUAGACGUCAUUCGAACGCGAUUGAUGAACCAAAGGCGGACGUUUACCUCCAGUAGUGCUUUAUGUCCACACCUUUACAAAGGAAGUAUAGACUGCUUCAUCAAGACCUGUACAAACGAAGGAUUUUUCGCCCUGUACAAAGGCUUCGUCCCGACGUUUCUACGAAUGGGACCUUGGAACAUCAUAUUCUUCAUCACCUAUGAACAAUUGAAAAAAUUACCUCUACUGUAAACAAAUGUUAUUGUCUAAGUGUGAAGAAGUGAGGGUACCUGUUGAGAGAGUAACUUAUCAAAAAAUGUAUUUAAUACUAAUAAAAGGACGUACGUAAUGUUAGACAACACCUGUUGUGUAAA